AAAAAUUAGUGUUAUUAAGUAAAAAACUAACUCUACGAAAAAUAACUACCCGAGAGUGCAAAUUUAUGUUAACAAUAGAAUAUAUUAACAAAUUUUGUUUGAAAAGAAGUCUUGGCAACAAUAUUUCCUAUAUUAAUAAUUUGACAGCUACAACUCUCUGUGCUGGCAACUCUGUCAACAUUAGUGAAUUUGUUUGUCAUUCUACUAGCGGCGUUUGACUUGCAGUUUUUGUAGUUAAUUUAUUAAUUGUUAAAAGUUUUACGUAUAAUUGACUAACGCUUUUACUCCAAAUUUUAAAUAAUGGAAACAAAAGAAAUACCAAAAUCUGGUUUCUCAUUUGAGAAUUGUCCAAGAAACAUCUCACUGUUGAGUAAAGGUUUCGUUGCACCAAAAGCUAUUAAGACUGGUACAACAAUAGCUGGUGUAAUUUUUGGUGGUGGCGUUGUAUUGGGUGCAGAUACGCGUGCUACAGAAGGACCAAUUGUGGCAGACAAAAAUUGUUCCAAAAUACACUUCUUAGCAAAUAACAUUUAUUGUUGCGGUGCUGGCACAGCGGCUGACACUGAAAAAACUACGGAAUUGAUUGCUUCACAAUUAGAGUUGUUACGUUUAAAUACUGGACGUGAAGUACCAGUAAGUGCUGCAUGUGUUUUACUCAAGCAGUUGUUGUUCCGUUAUCAGGGUCAUGUUAGCGCUGCUUUAGUUUUGGGUGGAGUUGAUAUGCAAGGUUCUCAUAUACGUUGUAUACAUCCACACGGUUCAUCAGAUAAGUUACCAUACGUAACUAUGGGUUCUGGUUGCUUAGCCUCUAUGGCUGUUUUCGAAGCACGCUGGAAACCUGAUAUGAAUGAAGAAGAUGCGAAAAAGUUAGUACGUGAUGCUAUUGCUUCGGGUAUAUACAAUGAUUUGGGUUCUGGAUCUAAUAUUGAUUUAUGCGUAAUUCGACGAGGUUCAACAGAAAUACUGCGUAACUAUGAAAUUUUAGGAAAACGUGGUCCCAAAACGUUGGAUUACACCUAUAAACUUGGUACCACACGAGUUUUGAAUACAAAAAUCGAAGUUUUUGAAAGUUCAGAAGAAGCUAUUCCAAUGGAGGUUGCUUAAGUUUAACUUAUGAAUCAUAAUAAAUCUUUUUAAAUGUUUCUUAGUGGGAUUUCAAAAUAUAUUUUUUUUUUAAUUUA